CCUCGGGGCUCAUUCAUUCCGCGCCAGGCCUGCCAGACACCUGCGCUCUCCUUCAGCCGCUCGCGGUCGCCGCCGGCAUGUCAGGCCCCGCCGCCGAGACCCCGUCCGCCAUCCAGAUCUGCCGGAUCAUGCGGCCAGAUGAUGCCAAUGUGGCUGGCAACAUCCACGGUGGGACCAUCCUGAAGAUGAUCGAGGAGGCAGGAGCCAUCAUCAGGACCCGGCACUGCAACAGCCAGAACGGGGAGCGCUGUGUGGCCGCCCUGGCCCCUGUCGAGCGCACCGACUUCCUGUCCCCCAUGUGCAUUGGCGAGGUGGCGCACGUCAGCGCGGAGAUCACCUAUACCUCCAAGCACUCCGUGGAGGUCCAGGUCCAUGUGAUGUCAGAAAACAUCCUCACAGGUACUAAAAAGCUGACCAAUAAGGCUACCCUGUGGUAUGUGCCCCUGUCACUGAAGAACGUGGACAAGGUCCUGGAGGUGCCUCCAGUCGUGUACUCCCGGCAGGAGCAGGAGGGCCGGAAGCGGUAUGAGGCCCAGAAGCUGGCGCGCAUGGAGACCAAGUGGAGGAACGGGGACAUCGUCCAGCCUGUCCUGAACCCAGAGCCCAACACGGUCAGCUACAGCCAGUCCAGCCUGAUUCACCUGGUGGGGCCUUCCGACUGCACCCUGCAUGGCUUCGUGCACGGAGAUGUCACCAUGAAGCUCAUGGACGAGGUGGCCGGAAUCGUGGCUGCGCGUCAUUGCAAGACCAACAUAGUCACUGCCUCUGUGGACGCCAACAACUUCCACGACAAGAUCAGAAAAGGCUGCGUCAUCACCAUCUCUGGCCGCAUGACCUUCACAAGCAACAAGUCCAUGGAGAUCGAGGUCCUGGUGGACGCCGACCCCGUGGUGGACAACUCGCAGAAGCGUUACUGGGUGGCCAGUGCCUUCUUCACCUACGUGUCCCUGAGCCAGGAGGGCAAGUCGCUGCCCGUGCCCUAGCUCGUGCCCGAGACCGAGGACGAGAAGAAGCGCUUUGAGGAAGGCAAAGGGCGGUACCUACAGAUGAAGGCAAAACGGCAGGGUCAACCAGAGCCCCAGCCCUAGGGGCCGCCCCACGUUGGGCCCGGAGGGGCCCCAGAGUCCAGUCAUGUAGAAUCCACCCCCUUGGCCAAAAACCCAACCCACACUGAGAGCCAGUGUCGUGUGAAGUGUUCGUCUUACAGUGUUAACCUGUGCCCUCUCCCGAAAACCUACACACCAAAGCUUUAUUUCUAUGACUCCGGUGUAAGCGCUCCCGUGUUGUCCCUGCCGCCGAGGCGUCCCUCGGGAAGACGCGCGCGCACUACGGCGUGUGUAGAACCCAGCAUCACUAAUAAAGCUGCUCUUUGGCUGGAAAAAAAAAAAA